CUCAAAUUUCUCUUGUUCUUCAGUUGAGAUUGUUCGUCAAUGAAAAUAGUUUUCCUGGAGUGCUUGACGUUUGCGAUUCGUGAAAUCCGGAUCAACUCAUCUCUCUUCUCUCAUCUAGUCGUCAUCACUAGCGUGUGGCCCCCCAUGGACAUGGACAAGUGUGAAGACGAGCUCCAGGAGCGAUUCCGGGGUUGCAUGCUCGGCGCGGUUUUGGGCGACUGCUUAGGCGGCCCCUUAGAGUUUAAGAACGGCAACAAUUCGUUCCCGUUCUCGCGACUCAAACGCGAAUUCCGUCUGUACGACGCCUGGGAACCCGAACGGGAUGGGGUCCUGGAAUUCACCGACGACACAGCCAUGGCCCGACAACUGGCGUAUUCUUUGCUAGAAACCCGAACGCAUUUGGACCCUCGGAAUUUGGCGCGUCGUUUCGUGGAUGAAUAUCACAGAGAACAGGGUCGGGGUUAUGGCGAGGCUGUCACAGAAGUAUUUGAGAAAUUGCAUAAAAGUGAUUGCCGAGAUCCCUAUGGACCGGCCAAAGAACAAUUCAAGACAGAGGGCUCCUUUGGGAAUGGCGCGGCCAUGCGUGUGCACCCGGUGGCCAUGUUCUGUCAUGGGCGCUCGCGAACCGAGCUGCUGGAAAUGGCCGACGCGUCGGCGCGCAUUACCCACUCGCAUCAGUUGGGGGUGCGAGGGGCGCAGCUACAGGCCUAUGCCGUGUCCAUGGCAUUGGAUGGGGUGGACAGUAAGGCGUUCCUGGCCAACAUGUUGGAAUUGGUGGAGAGCUUCAGUGAAGACCCCAAAUCCAAGCAUACUUACCGGUACAAAUUUGAAAUCAUGCGCAAGGCGCUAGCCACCAAAAAUGACGAUCUGGCCAUUGCUCUGGGCAAUGGCGUGGCCGCAUUGCACUCCGUGCCAAGUGCGAUUUUCAGUUUCCUGCGAGCGCAAUCCCCCAUCGAGCAGCUACGCGACUCCAGCCGAUUUGUGCGCACAGUUCAGCUGGCCAUUAGCUUUGGUGGCGAUACAGACACCAUCGGGAGCAUGGCCGGCGCCAUGGCCGGCGCCUAUUAUGGUGAAGUGGAUGUGCCGGAGAACUUUUUAGAUGUGUGUGAAGGGGUGUAUGAUGCCAUCAAGCAGGCGGACGGCUUGGUCAAGUUGGUCAGAGAAAACCUUGAUUCGGAUGUAUCCGAACCCAUUGUCAAGCGUAUCAAGAUCGAGGUCCAAGAAAUUGAAGUCAAGCCCGACAUCAACCCCGAGCUUCUAAAGCCCGAGCCGGAGGACAUCAAACCAGAUGUAAUUAAAUCUGAACUCAAACCCAGCGCCUCUAAGAGCAAAGAAGACGUUGUCGAGCCUGAUUCAGCGCUCGACAAUGACACAACUGACAGCGCCAUUGAUAUCAAACAUAACAUUGUUAAAUAAAUGAAACGACUAUUCUUGAAGAAUUCA